AUGGAGAUGGCCGGAGACAAGACCGAUAAGAAGGGGGGGUUGACCAGGUACCAGAAGAGCUACUUCGACGUGCUGGGGAUAUGCUGCUCCUCCGAGGUUCCCCUCGUAGAGAAGAUCCUCAAGUCUCUGCCCGGCGUCCUCACCGUCUCCGUCAUCGUCCCCUCCCGGACCGUCAUCGUCGUCCACGACGCCGCCCUCGUCUCCCAACUGGACAUAGGUCGAACACAUGAACUCACUCGAUUCACUGUCAGUUGACGAGGGGUUAGACGGUCUCGUUCCUUGGCGAGCACUGACACGCACUCUCUGUUCGAUCAGUGAAGGCUCUCAACCAGGCGAGGCUGGAGGCGACGGUCCGGCAGUAUGGCAAGGCCAAGGGCGUCCGGCAUUGGCCGAGCCCUUACACCAUCGCUUGCGGCGUGUUGCUGGCCCUCUCCUUCUUGAAGGUGUUCUACCAUCCUCUCAAGUGGCUCGCCGUGGCAGCAGCGGCCGCCGGUCUUCCUCCGAUCAUCCACAGGGCCCUCGCCGCCGCCCGGAGGCUCACCCUCGACAUCAACAUUCUCAUGCUGAUCGCAGGUACGAACGGCGGCACCUCCACCUACCCUUCCGCCGUCGUGACGGCGACACCUCCUCGUGCCUGAAGUAAAGCUCAUUCGCGAAGUGGGAUUCCUUUAUCCACCCACCCAGUCUGCGGCUCUUUGUCACACCCAACUGAGCCAGUGUGUCUACGCGGGGAUCACUAACCAGCCGUCUUUCCGUGGUCUAAUGUGCAUGUGCGUUAAGUGGGUGGGUCCAUCGCCUUGAAGGACUAUUGGGAGGCGGGCUCCAUCGUCUUCCUCUUCACUAUUGCCGAGUGGCUCGAGUCCAGAGCCAGCUAUAAGGUCAGUGCCGGCCCUCUCUCUCUCUCUCUCUCUCUCUCUCUCCCAAUCAGCCUGGACAUCGGACAACUUUGCGCUGAGAUGUGGCGCUAAAUUAUUGAAAACUUUGCAGUUGCCUAGAUGUAAAGUUAAUUUAUUCACGAUGUUUAAGAAAAGUUUGGGCUCCUUUGGUCCCUGUAACAUUUUGCGGACGCGUCGUGCUUUUUCAGGCCACAUCGGUGAUGUCGGCGCUGACGAGCAUGUCGCCGUCGAAGGCCGUCCUGGCCGGCACUGGCGAGGUGGUGGAUUCGAGCACGGUCGAAGUCGACAGCGUGCUGGCCGUCAAGGCCGGUGAGGUCAUCCCCAUCGACGGCAUCGUAGUUGACGGGCGGAGCGAGGUGGACGAGAGCAGCCUGACGGGGGAGUCCUUCCCGGUCGCCAAGCAGCUCGGCUCCCAAGUCUGGGCCGGCACCCUUAAUAUCAAUGGUGAUCUCCCCUACCCGGCCGAACUCUGACGUCUUCUUCCUCUGAGACCUUUCACUGGGGCUUUUGGGGAUUGGAGGGUGAAAGUGUAUCCUCUCCAAUGGCGCAGGCUACCUCAGCGUGAAGACGACCGCUCUGGCGGAGAAUUCCGCGGUGGCGAAGAUGACAAAGCUGGUGGAAGAAGCUCAGAAUGCCAAGUCGAAGACGCAGCGGGUGGUAGACUCCUGCGCCAAGUAUUACACGCCGGGUAAGCUUCUCAUAUUAUAUAAUCUUCGUCCUGAUAUUCCAGGAGGCUGGGUAUUUGAUGUGAGCCGCCACAACGGUCUGAUCUUCGGCUGCAAUGCAGAAAUCUCUCAUUGCCGUGAUAAUCUUGGAUGGAAAUAAACGAUCUGAUAUAAUUUCGCCGAUGUCGCAGGUCUGGUGCUGAUGGCAGCGCUCCUCGCCAUCCUUCCUCUGGCGUUGAAGCUCAACGACGUCAAGCGCUGGCUCCGUCUCGCCCUGGUCCUUUUGGUGAGCGCAUGCCCCUGCGCACUCGUCCUCUCCACGCCGGUGGCGACCUUUUGUGCCCUCACCAGCGCCGCCAGGUCGGGCCUCCUGGUGAAGGGGGGAGAUUUCCUGGAGACGCUCGGCAGGGCCAAGGUUGUGGCCUUCGACAAGACCGGGACCAUCACCAGGGGCGAGUUUAUCGUCGUUGACUUCCACCCGGUCAGCACUGACGUCAGUAAGGAGUCGCUUCUCUACUGGUAAGAACAAAUCGUAGGGUCAACCCGGAGAGCAGUUAGUCGAACUAUGUUCGGCUGAGAGUGGGAAAGUUCCUUUCCUUUCAGGGUAUCCAGCGUCGAGAGCAAGGCCAGUCAUCCCAUGGCAGCUGCCUUGGUUGACUUCGCUCGCUCGAAUUCCGUGGAGCCGAAGACAGAAAGGGUGAGCGAGUUCCAGAUAUUCCCUGGGGAAGGCAUUUACGGAGAGAUUGAUGGGAGGUCCCUGUACAUUGGAAACCAGCGAAUUGCGGCGAGGACCGGGUGUGCAGCAGGUAGAAGAAGAUGAUAUUCAUCUUAUUUUCGUGUAUCUCCUGCAAAUGGGACCCUCGCGUGUUGGUUUUGAAUUCGUUCAGUCCUGCGGCAGAUCUAGGCGUGGGGAAGGAUAUGAGAGGAGCCACGGUUGGCUACGUCUUCUCCGGUGCCGAGCUUCUGGGGAUAUUCAGCCUCACCGACACCUGCCGGACCGGGGUGGCGGAGGCCAUUAGAGAGUUGCACCGCUUGCGGAUUAAGACGGCGAUGCUCACUGGGGACAGCUGCGCCGCGGCCAUGUUCGCCCAGAAGCAGGUCUGGGACAACGAUCCAGUCGCUGCGGCAUUCACAUAAAAACCGCUCCGUUUCCAUACCAUCUCCUGACGAUGCGGCCUUCAUUUUCUUUUCAUCCUCUGAUUGGUGCAGUUGGGGAAUGCUCUGGGCGUCGUUCACGCAGAGCUCCUGCCUGAAGACAAGGUGAGAAUUCUGAAGGAACUCAGGGGCAAAGAAGGCCCCACGGUGAUGGUCGGAGACGGGAUGAACGACGCGCCGGCGCUGUUGACGGCCGACGUGGGGAUCUCGAUGGGCAUAUCGGGCUCCGCCGUGGCCAUGGAAACUAGCCACAUAACCUUGAUGUCCAACGACGUCCGGAAGAUCCCCGAGGCCAUAAGGCUCGGCAGGAGGACUCGUCGCAAGAUCAUCGAGAACCUCGUGUUGUCGGUGGCGACGAAGGCCGCCAUCCUCGCCCUAGCGCUCUCCGGGCACCCGCUGCUGUGGGCGGCCAUCGUCUCCGACGUCGGCACCUGCCUACUCGUCAUCUUCAACAGCAUGCUACUGUUGAAUGCGACGAGGCACGGGAAAGCAGGCAGAUGCCGCAGAUCGUCCCACAAGGGGCAUGCACAUGGCAAUAUCGGUGCUCACCACCACGGCCGGGAUGUUUGCAGAACCCCGCACCACGGCAUCGAAGCAACUGGUGCGAGCAGGGAGUGCUGCUCGCACCAUGGAGGUCGCUGUGGUGGGACUAAGGAUGGCACGGAAGAAGUGAAAUGCUCGAGAGACGAUCUCCGCAUUCCCGAGCACGGGUGGCGCAUCAACUUGGCCCCUCUUCUCUGCCCCACCAGCUUCAGCCAUGACCAUGCCCACGAGAGCUGCUCCAACCACAGCCGCGGCCAUAGCCAUCUCCAUGACUGCUGCUCCGACCGCGGUCAUGUCCAUAGCCACGUCCACGACCAUUGCUCUGACGGUACCCAAGUCCAUAGCCACGUCCACGACCAUUGCUCCGACAGUACGCAAACUCAUAGCCACGUCCACGACCAUUGCUCUGACGGUACCCAAGUCCAUAGCCACGUCCACGACCAUUCGUCUGACGGUACCCAAGACCAUAGCCACGUCCACGACCAUUCGUCUGACGGUACCCAAGACCAUAGCCACGUCCACGACCAUUCGUCUGACGGUACCCAAGACCAUAGCCACGUCCACGACCAUUCCUCUGACGGUACCCAAGUCCAUAGCCACGUCCACGACCAUUGCUCCCAGAGAGCCCAAGUCAAUAGCCACGUCCAUAUCGAUUGCCCCAAUCACAGGGACGUCCGUGACCAUGAUCAUCACGUCCAUCGCCAUGAUCACGACCACUCCCCCGACCACUGCCACACCCAUGGACCUCGCCCUGAUCAAAGAGACGGCCAUGCCUUUGACGAUAGCCCCAGUCAUAGACAUCAGAAUGAUUACUCCGCCCAAAGCUGCCGCGUCCAAAGACCUCAACGCGGUCAUUUAUCCAACCACAGCCAUGACAGUGACAAUUACCCAGACCACAGAGGCCCCUACAGUCGCGAACAUGGGGAUUGCUCCAGCUGCAGCCAUGCCCGCAAAGACGAUCAAGACAAUGGUCCAGACCGCAGCCAGGAUCAUGAGAACGGCUCCGACAACUCCCAGGCCCAUCGCCCAGACCACAGCUGCUGCGUCCAUUGCCAUGACCAAGACCAACAUCACGAAGCAAGAGUCAGUCUGGAGGAGACCAAUGAAUCACGCAACGGCCGCACGGCUAGAGUUAUCUGGAACGAUGGAGAUUCUGGGCGUAACGAGGUCCGAUCCGCUAUAACCUCCAACAAGUACGGCGCUCAAGGGCGGCUUCACAGGGGCCCUUACCAGGAGGAAGAGAAGACGGCAGUCGAUCUCUGCGCCCACCGGCAGGACGAAGUCGAGUGCUUGCGCUACAUCGCCUGCGAUAAGCCUGCCGCGUUCACCACAGUAAGCCCUCCCCGCAACAUCUGCCUCUGCGGGAACUUCCAUAGACGAUAUCAUGGCGGAAGCUGCAGGAGCGUCGCCGGGGCCCUCUCCUGGAGCCCCCAAGGAAGUGGCAGAGACCUGGGUGGCGGCGGAUUGCCGCAAUGGAAGGAGAUAGUCACCGAGUAG